AUGUUUAGGUAUUUCAAGAAAAUAAACAAGGACAACAAUGAAUCAACAUUACCUUUGUCCUCGAACCUGCGCAAUAUAACAACAAUUUGUCUACCUCAUGGUGCCCGUUCAACUGCCCAGAAUAUAGCACCGCCAAUUUCAACUGCCCAGAGUAUCGCACCACCAGUUUCAACUCCCCAAAAUGAGUCUUCCAUAGAAAACAGUGUGAAUGAAGACCUAUUAGCAAGUCUACCUUCAGACCCGGGACUGCGACCUCCAAUUUUUUAUUAUGAUCCCAAUAUCCGAGACCAAGUUCGAAGAGCGUAUCUAGAAAGAGGUCCUUGUCAGGCAAAAAAAACAUGCUUAUCCGACAUCAAUACUCGGCCAAGUAGUGGUGAUUCAUUUGUUGGCAAAGGUUUCAGAAAUUGGAGGAAGAAAACCAGAUUGCACGACCAUAUUGGGAAACGCAACAAUGCACACAACAUUGCUUUGAAGAAAUGUGUGGCGUUACUUAACCGGAAGCAACAUAUUAAUUCAGUUAUCUUUAAACAGUCGGAGGAGACUAAAAGGGAGUACAUGAAAAGAGCUGUUGUACUAGAUAAUGCUCCAGGGAAUCAAAAGCUGAUAACACCAGAUAUUCAGAAAGAUAUAACCAGGUGUUUUUCUUCUGAAAUCCUAAGUCAAAUUGUUAAAGAAAUCGGUGAUGGACCAUUUUCUAUCCUCUUAGAUGAAUCUAAAGAAAUAUCUUCGAAGGAACAGUUGGCUAUAGUCUUGCGAUAUGUGCACAAAGGCCAGGCAAUCGAACGUUUCUUAGGAAUCGAACAUGUCACCAGUACGACUGCCGUUUCACUUAAAGCUACUGUCGAUGAUUUCUUUUCUCGGCAUGGAUUGAGUAUUUCCAGAUUGCGAGGACAAGGUUAUGAUGGGGAAAGCAAUAUUAAAGCUAGCUGUUGUGGAUGUUUCAAAAAACAUACAUAUGUUGAACACCUUUAUGUCAUAAUAAGUAACUUGGUGAAUGUGGUGGCUGGAUCAGCCAAACGUCAAGAUAUGCUUCGUUCCAAGCAAGCUGAUGCAGUCUUUGAGGCACUAUGUAGUGGUGAGAUUGUAAGUGGGUGGGGAUUUAAUCAAGAAAGUACUCUUAAAAGAGCAGGUGAUACAAGUUGGGUUUCGCAUCACAAUACAAUAGUAAGCUUAAUUAAUAUAUUCUCAUCUGUUGUAACACUUUUGGAAGACUUAGCUGUAGAUUCUGAUAAGAAGUUUGAAUCCAAGAGAAAAGAUCAAGACAUUGUCAAUGCCAUGAAAUUACUUACAGUGUGCAAGGAACGACUUCAGCUAGUGAGAGAUGACGACUGGGAUUCGAUGUUGUCAGAAGUAUCCUUUUUUUGUACAAGGCACCGCAUCAAAAUUCCUGAUAUGAAUGAUGUGUUUCAACGGGAAGGUCGACCCAGGCGUAAUGUUGAAGAGGUAACUUAUUCAUACCAUUAUCGAGUUGAAUAUUUCAAUACAGUCAUAGAUAUGCAACUGCUGGAACUAAACAAUCGUUUCAACGAGACGAACACUGAAUUACUUCUUUCUGUCGUAUGCUUAAGUCCAAUUGACUCAUUCUUUGCAUUUGACAAAGAAAAACUGAUUCGUUUUUCUCGGUUUUACCCAAGAGAUUUUUCCCCUACUCAGCUUGUGUUACUUGAAGACCAACUACUAAGUUACAUUGCUGAUGUACGGUCUAGCAAUGAGUUUUUAGAUUUGAAAGGAAUUGCUGAUCUUGCAGUCAAAAUGGUGGAGACAAAAAAGGAUAUAGUGUACCCUUUGGUUUAA